CGCCGCAGCCCAGAGAGGCGAGGGGACUACACUUCCCGGCGUGCCGCGCGGCUCGACGCCAGCUUUAAAAGGCCGCCCCGGACACGUUGCCUUCGGAGAGCGCGGUGCGGAUCAUCAGUUCGAGGGUUGGAGUUCUCGAGUUGUUUUCUCGCUUCCCUGUGGCCAAGAUGUGUGACAAACCCGACCUCUCCGAAGUGGAGAAGUUUGAUAAGAAGAAGCUCAAGAAAACCAACACGGAGGAGAAGAACACACUUCCUUCCCAGGAGACCAUCGAACAGGAGAAGGAGUCUGCGAAGUGCUCAUAGAGAAGGCCUCUCCGCAUGGAAACAUCCACGUCCUUCCUCCCUUUUUUUUAAUUAAGCGAGGGGUUUUUGUAAUACAAUGAUGUCUGUUGUGUAUGUUGAGCAAUGCAGCCUCCUCUCUAGCUGCUUCAGGGGGCCUUGAAGACCUGCCCCCUCCCCAUUACUUCCUGUUUGGGGGCUGCCAAAGGGGUGGGGCAAAGGAUGCCAAGAAUGAAAAGAGUUCUGGGGCUCACAGGGCCCACCCGCAAAUCCCCCUCCUUCCUCUUCCCACACGCAGCAGCUCCACCAGCCGAGCUCUUCAAAGUGUCACUUCCUCAAACCUCUUUCAGCAGCUUUCCUUGAUUUGUUUUUGCUAGAAAUGAAAUGGGGAAAUACCUAUGAAAAAUAAACAAACACGAACUCCUUCAA